AUGGCCGCCUCGUCCUCCUCUGGCUCUUCCUUCACUUCCUCUUCCCUAGGCCGCCCACCCUCCUACGGUCAACCAUACGCGAGCCCUCUCGACGCGACUUGGACACCGACUUCAGGUGCCUCGACAAUCUCAGCUCUCACAUCCGAUGCCUCGGCACCCCAGGCCUCUCUCCAUCCUCUAGAUCUCGGCCCUCCUGGUUACCAGGCCACCAUAACUCUAUUUGAAAACACACCGAACGAACGAACUGUCUACCUGGGUCCCUGGGAAGUGGUUGGCUCUGAACAACGCCGCGUUCUCUGGCAAUGCAGCUACCAGAGCGAGCUUCUAGAGCAUUUCCUUCCAUCCGAUGUUCCGGCCGAUAUAUUUCCGCAUACUCUCCAUGCCCGUCAUCGCCCCUACACAGACCCAUGCGAGCUCGAGCUUUUCGUCAGUUUCCGUGAGCCACACCGGGUCCGGUAUACAACAGGCGAAGGCGUGGUAAUCCACGAUCAUCUUAUGGAGGUCAAGUAUGAGUUCACUACCGUCGAGGGUUCGAUCCGAUUCCAAGGAGACGUGCGUCGGAAGGAUUUGGUAGACUACUAUGAUGUCGAUGUUGUGUGGUCUGACGUUCACGGAAGAACAGACAGCUUUGGCAACAUCAGAGGCAUGGGACUCGUACAAAGGCUAAAGCUUUGGAGGGACCGCUGUUCGACUUACCACUCGCUGACCGUAUUCACCAAUCGCGCGGAAGGUCGCCAAUACCAGGAAUAUGAAUUGCACAACUUCGACGGCGAGCUUCGCAACCGCGACCAUCGGCAUCGCCAAGUCCGCCUCACGGUGCGCGGAAGCCGGCGUAGUAGUGCCCCGGACAGCAGCGGCUCGUCCCGUUUGCGCUUCACAUUUUCGCAUCGUAUGCGUCUGCGCGUACGGUCAGGCUCCCAAGGAGGGCAGCCAAACUCGGAAACCAGCUCGUCGCCUGGCACUUUUGAUUUUCGGUAUUUGGGUAUCCAAUUCAGUAAGCGUGAAGACUAUCGUAGGUUCCUUGGAAGUUGGGCCGUGGCGCACAGCUCCGACAGCGAGUUCAAUGGUAUAUCGUUCCCACCACAUCACGUCGAGUUACCGUCACCGCAAAUACUGCCAGGUGAUAUGUUGGAACUUCCAUCACCAGAUAUCUCGAGAGGCCUAGAGCCAGUCGUUGAGCCGCCAGAUUCAUACGAUUCCGACUUGGCCGCCUGA